AUGGCGUUCUACGGCCAAUUAUGCGUUUUCCUAAUUUACGCAGCCGCCAUACGGCUGCUAGCGGCGCCGGGCGCGGAGUGCCAGCUGGGAACUUGUGCCAAGCAGCCCUGCAUCACGAUGGCACCUCAGGAGAUGGUCGUGGACGUUCUGGACGUUUCCCCGCAGGAGCUAUGUAACGGAAUAUCAAUCCGCUACCUGGACCAGAGCACGUACGUUUACAGCAUCGAGGACCGCCGGCCCAUCCGCUCCGCCAUACUGCUGUUGAUGGGCAACCAGGUCAUGUAUGUCAUGCCGCACGCACGCAACCUCCAGGUCAAGGUCGCCAACUCUCUGACCACUUCGCAGAUUCUGAUCACCUACGAAAUCGGCGGCGGGCUCUUCGAACGCCGAUACGACGAAGAGCUGUACUCCAGCCUGUCGAAUGUCUUCUGGAACCGUGUGUUCACUCCGCAGGUCUUCUGCGUUUUCAGGAAGGAGUACCCCGCUCCGGAAACGUACUCCUUCUUCUCGCAGCUGGCUGGCGUCCUGCAGAGCCUGUGGACCUUCGGCAUCGUCCAGACGCAGCCGCAGGUACCCGAACAGCAAUACGAGAUGCCGAGCAUGAAGAUCGAUCUCGCUGACCCCUCAACCUACGGCAAGGUGGCUACCACCAAAGAUUGGUGCCGCCACAACAACCUAAAGGUGAUGUGCGCCUCGUUCGACAACAAGGACCACUUGUGGAAUGGCAUCUAUUUCUACAAGACGAAGAUCCCGAUCCCACGUUUGUGUUCGAAGUUUACCGUGUGCCACUCGGAUGCUAUUGAUGGUGCCUAUCACUUGGUUAACGCCUCGUUGGUGGGCGACAUAUGGGUGGAGUCGUUCUACAGCGUCUAUGGCGUCGGCACCAACGCGGCGUACCUGAUGCCGGUGAUUGACUCCGACGUCUUCAACGGGUUCCGCGAUCUUCCCAGCCGCCACGAACCGAUUAUCCCGAGUUACGUUGGCGAGGGAUUCACCCUCGAUACGGAGAAGACAAGGGGCGACUACUCGCCCAUCGAGAUGCGCGAAGUGAGCAACGGCAAAUACUACCGAUACAAGGAUCCCUCGGAGAGUGACGACAACCGCCCCGCGUACGUGAACAAAGUCAAAUUCCACAACAUCGAGUACACGUUGCCCGAAGGCCACACGUUCGUGCUCCUGGCCCUCACGACUCCGAUGCUCUCCACCAACUAUGCCACCCUGGUGACUCGUCAAGGCUUCUCCUACUCGCUGAAGAAGUGGUACGGAACCAAAAUGAGCCACCUGCGUCCCGUGGAAAUCAACGAGCUGGGUUUGUUGGCGAGCUCUUUCGCCGACAUUUACCCAUUACUGAAUCGUGCGGGCAACGGCAGCAGCGCGGACCGUCAGGGCCCCAGCACCGUGAAGGGCGACAUCGUCUGCUUGGCGGAUGUUGUACAUCACCACAAGCAGUCGUCGAGCCUCUGCACGCCUCUGAAGGAACUCACGAACACCCAGCUCCUGGUGGACCGCUCCGGCAUCACGAUCCUGAAGGUUAAGCCCAAUGCGCCGAGCGGCCUGGUGGUUGUCGGUAACUCGAUUCUAGACAUGGCCGAACUGAACCUGGGGUCUGAGACGACCAUUUACUACGAGCACUACAACCAAACCCCAGCGAGGCUCGCCAUUACCAACUCCGAGUCGGGCGUUCGCGCCAUGCGGGAGACGGUCAAGGGAUCAGGGAACUUUGUGGCGAUGGAGAACGUCAUUUUCAACCCGCCGAGCUCUGGCCAGACGGUUGACGUGAACCUGGCAAGCUCGCUUGUCGAAAUGGGACCCGGACUCACAUGGGAGCAUCAACCGCUACAGAACGUAUGGGUGCUGCGGCCGCAGUACCACCCGGAGGUGUCCAUGGGCUCUGUGUUGUACUACAACUGCCGGGUGGUGCCGCCGCAGAACAGAGGAUACAGCUUUAUCGUCGCGCCCUCCGGCGACCACCCCCAGUCCGCCGCCUACUUCGCCCCGACGGUGAAAAACAUCAAGGCCGCUGUUUUGCUGAAGCACACCCUCAUAGGCGGCUACCCAGCGUGUAGCGUCGAGCCAUUGGAGCACACUCCCACCCCCUUGGGGGCAGCUAACGUACGAAAGGAAAACUUCGACACACUGUUCAAGACCGCAAGUAAUUAA